UUUUAGAAUCUAAUAAUGAUUUCACGACAUAAUUCUGAAGAGUCAUUUGAUUCUUGUAAUUCUAGUCCUUCAAUUCCUUCUGUUCACGAACAACGAUCUGUUACAUCAUCAAAAAGUCGUCGGAGUACAGAAGAUCAACAUGUUUUGGUUGUUAGAAAUCUGAAGGGAAAAGGAAGGGUUAUACUGCUUCGAGAUCUUUUUUAUGUUUUUAACCUCAAUGCGAGAGCAGAUGGUGAUAAAGCAGAUAAUAUUGACAAUGUUGUUGACAUUCAUUUUGUUGGUGACUGUGCUCUUAUAAAGAUGUUAUCAAAGGAUGCUGCUUGCCGGGCCAAGUCAGCGUUAGACGAAAGUUGGCUUUUUGACAAGUUUAUUACAGUUGACUGGGCUUCUAUUCCACAAAUCCAUCAAAUGCAAACUCUCGGUGCGGGCAAGCCACCGCUUGCUGUGGGAUUUCGGCGAAAGGAUGAUCAAGCAAAAAGACGGCAAAGACAAUCGGCAAAUGGUCAUCCUAAUUCAUAUGGAGGAGGUAAUUUUGACAGUUCUGGAGAUAUUGAUGAUAUUCAGGCACAAAUUGCUUAUUAUGGGACUAAUUUGCCUUCAAAAAGGACUCGUUUCUUGCGUCCUGGGACUGGUUUAAAUGAAGUUCAAAAUCUUAGUUAUGUCCGUCAUCAUUCUGACAAUAAGAAUAAAAAGGAAGACAAAAAAGGAGGGGGAAGUAAUUCAACCAUCAAUCAACAACAUUCUCCAUUACAUAAACGAUUUAUUAAUUCUGCCUGCACAAGAACAGUUACUAGAGAACGUUUGCCUCCCUCGCCUGUUUUGUAUGUCGAAGGACUUGAAUAUUAUGGAGAUUGGACCAACAAUAUUUUGGCUCGCACUGACUUAAUAACAAUAUUUACUUUCUGUGGAGUAGUUAAAGACAUUUAUAUUGGUUAUUGCAGACAAGAUAAUAUUGUUGAAAAAUGUUAUGGAUCUUGUAAGCAUAUGGCUUUAGUUCAGAUGGAAACUGUUGAUCAGGCUACUCGGGCAAUUAAUGAAUUUGAUCAUACUUGGCAAAUGGGACGUUUUAUCAAUGUUACUUAUUCUCACCAUCAAUGUAUUGAACAUGAUCGAAAUAAUCGUCGUGAUCGUUACUCACAUAAACGUUUUGUUCACAGUUAA